CGCAGCGUGGAAGCAUCCAAAACAGAAGACAUGGCAGUUAGCUAUAGGCCUAGGUUGCAUAGUAUCAUUUGGAACUCCCGAACAAUUAAUCAGCUGUUCAUGUUCCAUAGGAGAAAUACAUGCAUACAGAUGAGGGAGGUAAUUCACUCUCACCAAGGAUAUCUGUCUCAACAGAUUAAAUACUUUCGACAAGUAAUGGAUGAACCAUCUAGAUCUGUCAUCAUGGCUGCGGACAGUGUCCUUAAUGGACUAGAUUUUCAAAAGGUCAUUAGUAAAAUAUGGUGCAGAAUGAAACAUGGAUUCCAGCAAAAAUAUUUGAUUGAGGCCAAACAAACAUGUGUUAAUGUUGAUCCAGGUGUCCAAAUACAAAGUGAAUUAACAAAUUCUGUGUUAAGGUGUGAAAAUGGAAAUGAUAUGGGGUCAAACAGUUGUGACAGUUCUGAUCAACCCCCGGCGGUCGAGGCGACAUCCACAUCCUCGAAUGUCACAGAAACGUCCAAUACAAAUUCUGGUUGUAGUGGUCACAAAAAAGGAAAACAGAAGCGAAAAUUGCCAAGAUCUAGACUUGAAGUGAAACCAAAUACUAAGUCUUCCACGGCGGAGAUAUCUUGUCAUAGUAAUGAAGAAAAUACAAGGAAUAAACCACUAAUACCAUCUCCGGAUCAAUACCUAGCUCUGGACUGUGAAUACCUUAAAAAUAGUUCUGAAGGAUCCAUCACUAAAUUGGGUCGCUGCAGUAUAGUUGAUUAUCACGGCAAUGUUGUUUUCGACAUGUACAGCUGCCCUGAGGAACUUGUUGCCAAUUAUCGUACCAGUUACAGUGGCCUUGUCUGCGGUCACAUGACCAAUGCGGUCCCUUUUGAAGUUGUACAGAAAAUUGUUAAAGAUUUACUGAAGGGCAAAAUUUUGGUUGCUCAUGAUAUCAAACAGGAUUUGAUAUUGUUGAAUAUAGACCACCCAGCACAAAUGAUCAGAGAUACUCUUUUUCAUCCAGUCUUGAUAAAGAAGGCAAAAGAUUUGGGAUGUGACAGAGAAGCUCUCCGGCCGCUCGCCUGGUGUCUUCUUGGUAGGAGAAUACAGACAUUGUCAAGAACUCACUGUUCUGUUGAGGAUGCUACAGCUACCAUGGACCUGUUUAAACUGGUGAGGGUGGAGUGGGAGGAGUCGAUAGAUCAGCAAAACUCCGAUGUCAACGAGAUUGGGAUAAAAAUGUUAAAUCCUGUCACAGCAUUAAAUGAAUUCGCCCAGAAGUUAAGAUGGGAGCUACCAGAAUACCAGUGCAAGCGUCUGUCAUCAGAAAAUCCACCGAAGUUUGUUUAUACGGUUUUGGUGAAUGAUGAAGGGUAUCGGUCCACAGGAUGUCCCAAUAAAAAAGAGGCCAAAGCAGCCGCUGCCGAAGCGUUCUUUGUACAUCAUCGUAGAUCAGAAAGUGAUACCUACAUGGAUGUGUUCAAACACAUUACAAGCAACACUGAGUCAGACAACCAGACGAAUCCAAAGUUGGAUCCUGUAUUGAAACACAUUACAAGCAACACUGAGUCAGACAACCAGACGGAUCCAAGUACCGAGUUGGGUCCUGUCACAGCAUUAAAUAAUGUCUCCCAGAAGUUAAGAUGGGAGCUACCAGAAUACCAGUACGAGCGUCUGUCAUCAGAGGUCCCACCGAAGUUUGUUUGUAAGGUUUUGGUGAAUGAUGAAGGGUAUCGGUCCACAGGAUGUCCCAAUAAAAAAGAGGCCAAAGCAGCCGCUGCCGAAGCGUUCUUUGUACAUCAUCGUAGAUCAGAAAGUGAUACCUACAUGGAUGUGUUCAAACACAUUACAAGCAACACUGAGUCAGACAACCAGACGAAUCCAAAGUUGGGUCCUGUCACAGCAUUAAAUAAUGUCACCCAGAAGUUAAGAUGGGAGCUACCAGAAUACCAGUACGAGCAUCUGUCAUCAGAGGUCCCACCGAAGUUGGUUUGUAAGGUUUUGGUGAAUGAUGAAGGGUAUCAGUCCACAGGCUGCUCCAAUGAGAAAGAGGCCAAAGCAGCCGCUGCCGAAGCGUUCUUUGUACAUCAUCGUAGAUCAGAAAGUGAUACCUACAUGGAUGUAUUGAAACACAUUACAAGCAACACUGAGUCAGAGAACAAGAAAGAUCCUAAGUUGGAUCCCAUCACAGCAUUAAACCAAGUCACCGAGAAGUUAAGAUGGGAGCUACCAGAAUACCAGUACGAGCGUCUGUCAUCAGAGGACCCACCGAAGUUUGUUUGUAAGGUUUUGGUGAAUGAUGAAUGGUAUCAGUCCACAAGCGGCUCCAAUAAAAAAGAAGCCAAAGCAGCCGCUGCCGAAGCAUUCUUUGUACAUCAUCGUAGAUCAGAAAGUGAAACCUACAUGGAUGUGUUCAAACACAUUACAUUCAACACUUGGCUGAAGAACCAGCCGAAUACAAUUUGUAAAUCAUGAUAUCCAGGGAAAAGGAAAAAAUUCAGACAGAGAGAUAAUGGCAGGAGCAGCAGAAUUCUGUAUGUCUGACCUAAGGCAACGUUUUGACUACACUCACCCAUAAAAUCGCUUUUUCUGAAGUAAUUUCUGGGGAACCUGCUUACUUAACAGAUUCACAUAUAUUUUUUUUCUCAGAAAAGAUAUUAAAAUUUUUAAAUGUUGUUUAAAGUGUUCUAGAAUAAAA